CAUACACACACAUUUUUCUAUCACACUAGUUUGCCUGUCACACCAGUUUAAACUGAUAUCAAACAUAUUUUACUGGGUCCUAAAUCCAGGAUUGAUUUACAAUACUGGUGAUAGAUUUAUCUACUAUCUUACUUGUGACCAGUAUUAAUAGGAUCAACGAAAUCUUUUGGUGACACUAUUGGAGGAACAAUGCGUUUUAGUUCAAAUGCCAAGCCAUAUGUUCUGCUUGUCAUUGCUGGAACAGUCUUGCUUCUGGGGUAUGUCUACUUCAGCUUCUUCUCUGAAAGACUCAACAGACGUACUGAUGUGGUGUCAGUGACCCCGUGGUUGGCACCCAUCGUCUGGGAAGGCACCUUUGACCCUGUGCUAAUCGACAAGAUCUACAAGCCCAUGAACCUCACCAUAGCAACCACUGUGUUUGCCGUUGGAAAAUACGUCAGAUUUCUCCAAGAUUUUCUGGAGACAGCAGAGAAGCACUUCAUGGUCGGCUUCCACGUGCGCUACUAUGUUUUCACUGAUCGUCCCCACGAUGUUCCUUCAGUGAACCUGUUUCAGGGGAGACAUUUGAGUGUGAUCCAGGUCCCGGGUUCAAACCGUUGGCAGGAGAUAUCAGCCCGGAGGAUGGAGUUCAUCCAGACCACCAUCGAACGUCAGAUCAGAAGGGAGGCCGACUACAUCUUCUGUCUGGACGUAGACAGCAAGUUCCACGCUCGCUGGGGGUCCGAGUCUCUUGGAAGGCUGGUUGCUGUGAUACACCCAGGCUACUACGAGCAGUCGCGUGACCGCUUCCCGUACGAACGGCGUCUAGCCUCGACUGCCUACAUCCCCAUGGAUGAGGGAGACUACUACUAUGGCGGGGCUAUGAUCGGAGGGUUCGUGGAGGAUGUGUACACACUAACAAAGGUAUGUCGGACCCGGUUUGAGGAGGAUGCGGGGAAUUCCAUCGAGGCUGCCUGGCAGGAGGAGAGCCACCUCAACAGGUACCUGCUCGACAAUAAGCCCAGCAAGGUGUUGUCUCCAGAGUACCUGUGGCAGGACAUCAAGGCAAAAACCAAACAGGUCAAAGUCAUUCGCUUUUCAGCAGUCAUUAAAAACAAUGCUGAAGUUCGUCCCAAUGUAUAAAAAUAGGUGGUGGCUAUUAGACCGGCAGAAGAAAAACUCAAUUUAGUCGUAGCGGUAAAAUUAAUUGAGUUUAGGUUUAGGAACGAGGGUUAAGUUUAAAUGUAGGUAUAGUUUGACUGAGGUUAAUGUUUGGGUUAAGGUUAGGGAAAGGCAAAAUAAUAAUAAUUUGGGGGUGCUUAUAUUUGUCACCUGUGGGUGUUUCUUGUACAAAUGUGUAAUGGAAAUGUAUUUCUUGCAUAUCACAACUCCUGAGAGUGGGGUCACGGGCCAGGGUCACCAUUGUUCGUUUUAACUUAUAAGAACAUGUUUUUUCAUUUUCUAGCUUUAUUUCAUUCUGUAGCCUAUCUAUUUUGCAUGUUGAUUACUGUGAAGAGGGAACGAAUAAAUAAAUAAAUAUGUAAAAAAUGUAACACAAUAGUAUUAUUAUAUGUUAUUUUCUUGAAUUAAAU